UUGGCGCAACUCAGAAUUUAAAAAAAGUGUAAAAUUUUUUAUGGUGCAAUAAUGAUUCAUAAUAUUCAUAUUUCUACGAAAAUAAUUGCGCACUUGAACACAGUAUUUAAAUCGGUAAUAUUCUGAUUUCUGAUUGUAAGUGCUUAUUGCUAAUAAAAAAUGACGUCUCCCUGGGCAAAAAUUGAACAACCUCAUCUACUAAGACUGGAAGAAAUUAUAUCCGAAGAAGUCGCCAAAAAAUUGCAAGAAAAAGAAGAUAAAAGAUUGAAGCAAGAGACUAAAGAAGGAAUUGAAAACCCAGUGGGAUUACCUGUUGGAUUUGUAAACGAUAAGAUUUGUGAUAUUGAUGAACAAGAACAAUCCAGGAAAGAAUUGAAUACAUCUUCCAAUGUGUCACUAGUUAAUCAUUGUAGAACAGAUUCUUUUGAUAGAGAUUCAGUCAGUGACUCAGAUGAAGAAGAAAUUUUAGACGAGGAUGAAAGAAAAUUCUGGGACAAAUUUGAAACUUUAGGACCCGAAUUUGUUUUAAAACCACAGUGUUCUUACAAAGUCCUACAGAACAGACACAUGCUGACAAAAGGUUAUGGUGUGAUGGAAGAAAUUAAAAGUGCCUUUAAGUUGAGACUAUUUCCAUUUAGAUUCCUUUCCGAUCCUAUCAAAUGUUUUCCAGAAAACAGUACAUAUAGCAUACUUUAUACAAUGAUAGAAACACAAGUUUUGAACCACGUAAAUGGUAUUAUUAAUAUAGGCGAAGAAGCAAUACUUGUCCAUGGCAAUUCACAUCCCUCUUCCAAGGAAUGUGCUAUAAAAGUCUAUAAAACGAUUUUAUCCGAUUUCAAAGGAUGUGAUAAAUUUCAGAAAUAUGAUCAUAGAUUCAAGAACAGAAAACAAGGCAAAGUUUCUAGAGGGACCAUAAGUAUUUGUGCCGAGAAGGAAAAGAAUAAUCUGAUGCGAGCAUACGAGGCUGGAGUACCUUGCCCAAAAGUAUUGGCACUUGAUAAACACAUAUUGGUGAUGGAGUUUCUUGGGGAAAACCAAUUGUGUGCUUUAACAUUAAAACAUGCCCAACUCACAGAUGAUGAUUGGGUGAAAGCUUAUGGACAGGUUAUUGAAAGUAUGAAAAAUCUCUACAAUAAAGCAAACUUGAUACACGCAGAUCUAACAGAAAAUAAUAUCUUGUGGCAUCAAGACAAAUGCUACUUUAUCGAUCUCAGCGAAUCUCUAGAGAGUGACCAUGAGGAAGCGUUUGUAUGUUUGUACAGAGAUUGUACAAAUAUAACAACUUUCUUUUCUGAGAUGGAUGUACCAGAAGUUGCUACACCAAUUGAGCUGGUUAGUUAUAUAACAGGCUUCGAUUUUGGCGAUCUCGUUGCCUUUCCUGAUUUAAAAGAGGCUUAUAAACGACAAGUGAAACCGCAGACAGCCAUAUGCCCUGAACAGAUCGAACGUACAAUUUAGUUUUCCUUCGAAGAAAGCAAACAAUUCCUGUUACUACCUCAAUUCAAUUUAAAUAUUUAGGUCAUAUCUACAGUACCUUAAGAUACACUCCGAGAAAUUAUGCCUCAUUUUCAUAGUUGAUUUUUUCGUGAACAGAUUAAUGAAUUCCGCUACGCUACAGUCAAUCGGAGUAGUUUUGACCCACUUUUGUUGAUUUUUUCUAAAUAUUUUUUAAAACAAAUCUCAAUUGUGCCUAGAAGCAGAAAUUUUGUGGGUUCGGGAUGUUAAGAUUGUAAUUUUUAGAUUUUAAAGCUUUUAUGUAAUAAGAAAAACUUAAUGUUGUUCUGAAACUAUUUCCUUGUGGCAUUUUUAUAAUCAACUAUUUUCAAUGGGAAAUAAGCCACAAUUUUACCUAUUUUCAACUAAAUAAUGAAUUCUAUAAACAAAAUUUUGGUCUAGCAAUGGGCUCUUCUUUAUCUCCAUUAUUGGCUAAUAUAUUUAUGGAGGAUUUCGAAACUAAUAUCAUUUCUAAACAAAAUUUAAAACCCACUUUAUGGUGGAGAUAUAUGUAGAUGACUUGUUUUCAAUAUGGCCUCAUAGAUCAGAAUUGUUGGAUACAUUCCUGAAUAUUAUAAACGAUUAAGAAGAGACAAUAAAAUUUACAAUGGAAAAGGAAUAUAAUAACAGUCUGCCUUUCCUCGAUGUUUGAGUCUCAAAGAAGGAUACUGGAUAUGAGACUCAAGUGUAUAGAAAACCAACACACACCAACAGAUAUCUCAAUUACAAAUCAAAUCACAACAUCAACGUUAAAAGGGGAUCACUAAAUCCUUAUAUGAUAGAGCCAAAAUUACUUGUUCUAACGAAAAUUCAUUGUUAUAAGAAAAACAAUUGUUAACAUCUGUUUUAUUAAAAAAUGAUUAUCCUUUAUCGUUUAUAAAUAAGGAAUUGUCAAGAUUGGAUGGCAUAGAACAGAACAACGUAGAACGGGAUCCUAUAACAUCCACAAGAAAUAAUAUGAGAAAAAUAUCAAUACCAUAUAUAAAAGGACUAUCCGAGAAACUUAAAACAAUAGAAAAUAAAUUCAACAUUUCAACAACAUUCAAAACAACAAACACAUUGUUCAUAGAUCUAUUUUAUCUAAAACUAAACCUAACAAUGAACAAGAAAGAACAAAGAAUUGUAUUUAUAAAAUACCUUGUGAAUGCGGACCAUUUUAUUUAGGUGAAACAUCAAGACCAUUAAACGUUAGAAUAAGUGAACAUCAGUCUUAUAUUAAAAAUAGAGAAUUUGAUAGAUCUCAAAUAUGUCAACACGCAUGGGAUAAUGAACACAGAAUUCAGUGGAGAGAUUCAAGUAUAGUCCUGAAAGAAUCAGAUAGUAAAAAGAGAAAAAUCAAAGAAACGGCUCUAAUUAUGCUAAAUGAAACCAAUUGUGUCGCAAAUUCCUCGGUAGAAUGCAGUAGGAUGUGGUUACCCAUACUGAAAGAGGAAGUCAAUAGAAAGAAAAUACCCCGAUUAGUAAGUCAAUAACAUAUCGAGUUAGUACAUAUUUUAUAUUUUAGUAUUAUGUAUAUGUUACAGUUUAAGUUGAUUAUCCAGUUGGAGUUGACUCCAACUAGUUGGAGUCAACUCUAACGGCUGGUUUCAGUAAAAGUUGAUUAUAAAUAUAAAAUGAAGAUUUAUAUUCAACAUUUACUAGUAAAAGUAGACUCCAACUAGGAAAAGUAUACUCUUACCAAUGCCAUUUAGUAAAAGUUGAUUCUGAUUCACACAAACAGCCGAUUCUAGAAAUUAAAUGUUACUGAAUAUGUUCAAAUUAGUCUAGGCUGUAUCGUCGCCCCCGUUAGGUAAAUUACUCCGAUUCAAAUUUUUUGCACAAACUUACUUAAAAAGAGGUCCUUAUAACAAAUGUACUGGGUGCCAGGCAGUAACUUAAUCGAUAAAUUGUUUAAACAAUUUUUUUUUAGACAAAUUCAUCAUUUGGGUUAUUCUGAGCAAAAAAGGUAUUUUGUGAUUUUUCACUAAAAUUGAUUGUUGUCGAGUUAUACGCGAUUUAAAAUUUGAAAAAUGCGAAAAUAUCCAUUUUCAAGGCUUAAUAACUCGGUUAAAAUUCAUUAUUAUGAAAGUCAGAAAGUGACCAAAUCAAAGUUUAUAGCCCCCUCUACAAAAUCCAGCAGAAAUUUUUGUCACUAUUUUAUUACCAAGCUUUAUCUUUAAUUAUUAACAAUGAGCGCUAAGUGCGUAUUAGGCGGCCGUCAAUGGUGAGUGCUAAAGAGAUGCACCAUUCCAGCCGUCCAAUGGUGCUUCUCACUCGCACUCACAUUGACGGCCGCCUCAAUACACGGUUAGCGCUCAUUGUUGAUAAUUAAAAAUAAUAUCGUAUUAAUGAAAUAAUGACAAAAAUUUCUUCAGGAUCUUAUAGAGGUAGCUUUAAUCUUUGAUUUUUUUUAGUUUCUGACUUUCAUAAUACAUAAUAUCGUAUGGCAUUUUUGCCUUUCGGAUAGUUCCGGCGCCAAUUACAUCUUUAACCCUGUUUCAAGUAACUAGUGUCGAUGUACACUAGCCCAGGGGGACCGACUGCUUAACGUGCUCUCCGAGGCACGGUGAGACGGCUCGUGUCAUUAUUGAAAAUGAAAAUGGUUUGUCUUUAGCAGAGCUCGACUCGAACCCACGUGCACUGGCGUAUGAGGCCAGCGAUUAUGCCGUUACUCCACGGCCGCUCGCUCGACUUUCACAAUAAUUACCUUUAACCGAGUUAUUAAACCUUGAAAAUGGUUAUUUUGGUGUUUUUCAAAUUUUAAGUCGCUAAUAACUCGACAACAGUCAAUUUUAGAGAAAAAAAAGGCCCAACGGAUCUAAAAAAAAUUUGUACGAAGUGAAAAAAUUAUGUAUUUUUGCGAAUUUGUUUAAAAUCAUUGUUUAUCGCCAAACUUCACUAAAAUCAUUCAUUAUUGUACUCAUUUGCCCUCAUUUUCGGCAGUAAAGUAACACUUUGUUGUAUUGAAAGAAGAAUGUUACUUUACCUGCCGCGAUUAUUAAUCAAAUUAACCGAGAUUGAAUGUAAGUGGUCAAUGGCAGCACUCGAUUAUUUAUUUGAGUGAAAUUAAAAUUUAUUUACUUUAAUUAUUAAAAAUAUUGUACAAAAUUUAUCUUAUUAUUAAUAAAAUUUAUGUCAAAAAGUAAAAUUCUGUAGUGUUUCGCAAUAGGGCUUUUCAUUCACAGUCAUUUGUUUCGAGCUUCUGUCAUAUGUCGUAUAAUCCGUGUAUAUUAAUAUUAUACACAGAUUAUACAACAUAUGACAGAAGCUAGAAACAAAUGACAAUCGAUGAAAAGCCCUAUUAUAUUCAUACAAAAUAAAUUAAAACUUUACAGAUUUAGUAAUUAGGUAGGUAUACAAUAUUGAUAACUAUCGAUUAAACAUCAAAACCGGCCAUCAUGCAAAAGUCAUCUGUCAUACAAAUUUUUUAUUUCGUCUAAAAUAAAAAAAAAUUCCUCAAAGUUGUAAGUAAGUGUUAAUAAUGUUUUUUACGAUUGACGAUACAAUUUUGUACGCACCACCUCAAUACUCUUUAUCGAAAGCGUCUGUUCCUCUGCUCGUAAUGUCAGACUCGUUCGAUAAAGAGUCACUUUACUGACUGACUUUACUGAAAUUGGUUAAACAAUUUUUCGACCGCGGUACCGCGUGACACCCUGUGUAUUUGUUAUAAGGAUUGUUAUACGGAUGUAUUUCUUUGAGUAAGUUUGUGCAAAAAAUCGAAUCAGAAUAAUUUACCUAACGGGGUCGACGUUACAGACUAUACUAAUAAGUAGUUGAAACGGUCAAAACAAAGAAACGCACACUCAUCAAAAAUGCACUUGAGAUUCUCGUAUAAUCAACAUUUACUGAAUCGAUCCAGGCAGAGUCAACUCCAACUAGUAAAAGUUGAUUUAAAUUUUUAAAAUCAACUUUUACUGCUCGUUUCAGUUGGAGUUGACUCCAACUAGUUGGAGUCAACUCUAACUGAGAAUCAACUUGAACUGUAACAUUUAUAAUAUCUAUGUACUAUUAAUAUUAUUUAUAAUUUAAAAUAGCAUAUACAGUAGAAUCCCGAUUAUCCGGGUGCGGAUUAUCCGUGCUAUGAUUUUCUAUUACUCAAGUUGCAUUUUUGAGGUUUUAUCAAAAUAGCGUCAUCGUAACUCACUUGACGGAAACUCUAUAUGACGAAAGAGAGACUCAUAAUGAAAGAUUUAUUUUUUUCUGUUAUUUUUUAUGGUAGGUACAUAUUAUUAUGUAUUUGUAUACGUACAUAAUAUGUAUUAUACAUAAUAAAUACAUGUUCGGAUUAUCCGUGCCACCCUUCGGUCCCGAGGAGCACGGAUAAUCGGGCUUCUACUGUAUAUACAUAUACUAAAGUCAGAAUUUGGUAUUAGAUUUGAAAGUAAACUAAAUGUAAGCCCAAAUACUUACGAUGUCGGGAUAGUAUCACGAGGUUUUUUCCUGGUUUUCCCUCGUGAUUUACUAUGGAAUCUCUAGCGCGAGAAUUUUACUGCCACCGUUGCAUUUGCUUGUCUUUUUAAAGACAGAUCACAUGCUAUGAUUUUUUGUGACUGAUAUUCUUGAGUUGGGUUAAUUUCAUGUAAUCAAAUGAACUAUUUUUUACUAAAGUCGUCCCAGGAACGCAACUCAUCAAUAUUGGCAAUAUCAUUUUAAAGUCUUUACUUUAAAAUGUAUAAUAAAUGUCUGAAUUGCCGAUAUAAAUGAGUCAGAUUAAAUUAAUUAUUAGAAGAAUUUUUUUACUAAGCAACAACAUUUUUGUUUAAUAUUAUUUUGUAUUUUGACAACGACACCCAACUUGGGCGUCGAAACGUUAAUAAAAUAAUUUUUUUGAUAAAAUUGUGGCUUAUUUCCCAUUGAAAAUAGUUGAUUAUAAAAAUGCUACAAGGAAAUAGCUUUAGAACAACACUAAAGAAAAAUCUAAAAUAAUAAUAAAAAAACUAGAGGAAUCCGUUAAUCUGUUCACGAAAAAAUCAACUAUGAAAAUGAGCAUAGUUUUCUAUAUAUUUAACUUAUGCCUCGCACCGAAAAAAAUGACAGAGUAUUAUUAUAUUUAAAAACUGUAUUCUAGUCACUUAAAAAACUAUUAUUUUUUUAAAUGUUAUUGAAUGUAUUUUGCAUUUUGUUCAAUAAAUAUUAUUUUGGAAUAA